CCGUGAGCAAGAGAGCAAGUAAGUGCACAAGGGUGCCAGCCAAAGCAGCUCUCCACACACACACAAAUACACACACACACACACACAGACUCCACAGCCUGGCACAGACAGGUAGCGUGUGAGGAGAAAAGAGUCUCACAACCAAGGUAUGCUGGGAUUUGCACACAUACAACGAUCAUAAGUUCCUCUUUCUAUUGUUUUGGUUUUAAUAUGUUAUGUCUUCCCUCUUGUACUUACACUUAGUUUCCAGGUGGGUCGUCAGAGGAUUCCCAAGCCGUGUCUAUAACAGUGUAAUGGGUUGUCCAGACCGGAGGCUUUUCCUCUGAUCCUGCAAAGAGGUUGGCGUAUUCCUACAACGAGAUCUAGUCCUCACAUUGAGCGACCCUGGGCAUGGAGAAGCUGACGGAGAAAGACAAGGAGCUGAUCCGAGUCAGCUGGGAGAGUCUUGGCAAGAACAAAGUUCCACACGGAGUCAUCAUGUUCUCCAGGUACAGUUCUAAGCUAAAGCUUUUUAUUUGAGCAGUUAGAGAUGGAUGGAAUAAAGGAGUUAGGAGAAGUUGCAUGUGUUCCUCCAUGAAGAUUUCAUGGUGAUUAGUAUAUCAGUCUUUACUGCAUGUGUUUGUUGAUAUCCGCAGCAUUUUGUUUUGUAAGAAAGUUUACUGAAACCUAACCAUUCACUACAAUUUGCAGUUGGUGCAAAUAUGCCGGCAUAGUGCAAAUAUACUGUAAAUAAUGUAGUCCCCAUAGUAAACAGUACUUGGAUAGAGAAAUACACUUAAGCAACACAGAUACUGCAUCGUACACUCCCUAUACCGGGACUGGAGGCUUGACUUGUUGCUUGGCGACUGGCUGCAAUAGUCUUUAUUUUGGAACUGCUGCUACUAAAACAGACGCUAGAGAAGAACUGUUACCGACAGUCCUAUUUUCUUACACCAGACAUUAAAAUCAUAUCUAUUGUCUGACUUACAACUACGUGUAUCUAUCUGCACCUACAGUACUGUAUUGUAUUGUGUUUUGUGUCUGUGCAGACUGUUUGAACUAGAGCCUGCACUCCUCAAUCUAUUCCACUACAACACAAACUGUGGCACCACAGAAGACUGCCUCUCCAGCCCUGAGUUCCUGGACCAUGUCACAAAGGUAACCCUGUGCAGCCCAUCACUGUUAAAACUGACAGUUAAAUGGCUAAUUCUUGGAAACAAAUCCACGGCAAUGUCUAACUUCUUGCUGCAUGUUGGUGUAUGUGCACGUUUCUUUGUGUGUGUGUGUGUAUACGUGGAUGUGCGUACAUUCUUGCGCGUGUUUGUGUGUGCUUAUGUGUCCAGGUAAUGCUGGUGAUUGAUGCAGCAGUCAGUCACCUGGACAACCUCCAUACCUUGGAGGAUUUUCUGCUCAACCUGGGGAAGAAGCACCAGGCAGUCGGGGUUAACACCCAGUCCUUCGUUGUAAGACUACUGUCACUCUGAUCACUCACUGUAAUACAUUACUGUCAUACUGUGUGUACUGUACACUAUACUACUUUUAAGAAACAAAACUUGCAACAAUUUAUCAAUCUAUGCCAAUAUUCAUAAUAUUUGUAUGUUGCAGGUGGUGGGGGAGUCCCUUCUCUACAUGUUGCAGUGUAGUCUGGGUCAGGGGUACACAGCCCCGCUGCGUCAGGCCUGGCUCAACAUGUACACCAUUGUAGUGGCAGCCAUGAGCAGAGGAUGGGCCAAGAAUGGGGAACACAAGACUGACUGAAACAUACGCUGGGGUCUGCUACCAGUUGCUGUCUAAUCCCCUACAUGGUUGCUAUGGAGUAAGGUUGUAUAACUCACAGCAUAAAGGGUUGAUUGCUGUAUAUGGUGAACGAAUGGUGUUAUCACACUUGACACAACAAAUAAUGGUUGAAUCACCUGAUGUUCACAGAGUUAACUGUUUUUGCUAUGGAUGUUGUAGCUGCCAGAGAGUGCUGCUAUAACGUUGUGGGGAUGUUAUGGGUCAACCAUCUUUGGACAUGCUCUAAGUCUGCAGCUUGAGGGAGCAUAGGGUUAAAUUAAUGUAAUAACUGAAAUUGCUUUGUAAAUAAUGGCUUGAUGUAUCUACUCAAAUAAUAACAAUGAUUGUGGUGGUUUUCGUGAUGUAUCUUAAAGAGUCAUACAAUUGUCAAACACUGGCUGUAUUGGCUGUAUUACUUGGCAUUACUAUCCCUACUGUGAUCAUUACUGUAGCCGGAAUGGGAAGCUAUGAUAUGGGCCCUCUCCCAAAUCAAACCAGUGAUAUAGAAACAUUGAUCACAAAAGUACAAGAUUAUUGUAUAGAGUGAUUAUCACGAUUCUAUCUCUAUAUCUUUGAGUUAGGUUAGGGAUCUGAUAAUGGCACAUACUAAUGCUCUCCUUUCUUUGUGUGUGUCCAUGACCUGGAGUGUAACAACCCUUAGAGGUGAACUUAAUUCUUAAAGCCAUUGAUAUUAUUAACAAACAAAUAACUUUUGACGAUGGUAAAUAGAAAAUGACAAGAACUGUUAAUGUAUUCUAAAGCUUUUCUAUGUGAUCUCUAUGACUGUUAGGGUGUCCAUGUGCACCUUUGUCUGAAAUGUGUAUAUGGCACUCUCCUCUCCUAUCAUAAUAUUUCAAUAGGCUUCAACUGACUGUUACUUACUCUAAAAUAAACGGUUAUUCUCUUCUCUUGAGUUCUAGCUAAUUGAUGUAAUGGAACUCAACAGUAGAUUAUUUGCUUGAAGGUCUUUGGGCUUGACUUAGCUUAGGCUCAAUCAGUUUUCACUAAUUGUAAAUGUAAAGUGGUGUGGGACCACAUACUGUAUCUAUAUAUUGUAAAUACUGCUGUCAUAUGUUGUAAACAGGCCACAAAUACAUUAGUAGGCUACUUUGGCUUUUUGGACCCAGUAGGUAAUUGACAAAGCCAGGAUUUAUUAAUACAUUUUUUCUUCCCUAUUUUGCUCAUAGUACUGCAAAGUUAAGUGCUUUUGGAGCUUGGAGUAUCUUUCUGUGGACAACCCUAAAGCAUUUAUUGAUAAACAAGUUUCACUACAUCCUACCUGAAAUAGUAAGCGAUGAUAGUUACAGAUUAUAGUUAGAGAUGAUAGAGAUGAUAGUUAGAGAUGUGUACAUCCUUUUUGCUGCUAUGAACACAUUUACCUAUAUGUUUCUAUACAGUGUGCAUCAGUUGUUAUCUACCUGUACAUUGAAAGUCACAAUGCCAAAUUAGCUAUAAUACACCAAGUAUUUGAUAAUAACACUACACUACUGUAUAUCCAAGCUGCUGAUAUGUGGUGAAUAUUGCUUUAGUCUGAGAUUACUUUUAUAAAAUGUAUUUUUGUAUUUUCAAGUGUUUUACGUAUGUGAAUGACUAUAUACCAUUGCAAACACCGUUUUUUCAAACCUGUUACAUUACCCACAACAUAUAUGUAAAAUACAUGUAUUUUCCUUUUAAUUUGCAGCACAAGGCUCUUGGGCAUUUUAAGUCUUGAUGAAUGAUAUUUUAUCCUUACAGCACACAUUGAGUGGUUGUUAUAUCUUAAGUCAUGAUAAAUGUAAGAGAGACAUUUCUCCUCAAUCAGUAUAAUUGCCAUAUGGAUGUCUGUUGGCAUUGAAUACACAACCACCACAUUACCAUUUCUAAAGGAGAUCUCACUUUAUCUUUCCUUUCAAUCACCUGUGAGCAUUCUUUUCAGGCCAUGGCAGCACUACUCUAAUUCAGAUGUGUUCCUCUCUCCCACUUUCCAACUAGGAUAAUGAGUUUCCCUUACCAGAUUAACCCUUCUCCUAAAUCAAAAAGCAUUAUCAAUAGAGAAUCUACAUUGAAAGUGCUUUUUAGUUCAGGAAUAAGCUUAAUCUGAGUCUAGGAAACCAGACCUAUGAGUUUAACACAUUUUGUAAUAUAUCUAUACAUGGCACUAUACAGAUUGUUGUGGGUAAUGUCUCUAUUUUCAAUGAUCUGAGAGUAGGCCUAUUUAGUGUGUAUGUGUGAAUUGCAUUGGUACAUUUAAAUAACAUGAUAUUCUGUUUAUGAGUGUCUCAAUGUCUACCUCAUCAACUCAGCUGCUAUUGAACAGUGAUGAUUUCACCUAUAACUAUCCUUUAACCAAAAACAUGUGACACUUAAUGCAAAUACAUACUCUCUCAACCAAACAGCUCGUAAAAUGGACCCCAUCCUACACUUAUGUAAUGUGUUGUGUGCUUACUCAAUUAAUACUAAAUAAAGGUGAUCUUCUGUGGAC